CGGUCCCGAUCCAAACCCUUCCGCCGCCGCGGCGCCUCUCCGAUGGAGGUCUCCGACGAGCUCCGGUCGCUGGAGGCCACCGGAAUAUACCGUCUUGCGGGGUCCCUCGCCGCCUUCCUCGACCCGGUUCGCCUCCUCAGCGAAUCCUGCCGACGUUUCCGCCUCAUCCCCUCUGCGUACUACUCCCGCAGCUUCGGCCCGUCGAAUCAGGAAGGCCACGCGCAGGGCGAGCGAACGGCGCCGUCUCCUGACCGGAAGAAGCGGAAGCGGAAGCGACAGCCGAGGCCCAGGGAACUCAAUGCCGUGGAGCAGAUCGCAGAAGCCCGGCACCAGGAAGCAAGGGCUUUGCUAAUUAGCGCUCAUAAAUCACUCCUUGAGGCGAAAGAUCUACUGAAGUUUCUUCCAGGGAUGGUCAAGGGAGAUGAAUGCAUGCAAGAUGUUCAAACUAGUUCUGAGAACAAUUUUGUUGAGCUUGGGAGCUCAUGGCGAGCACCUCUUUGUGAGAUGACUCUUUGCUUUCAGAAGCCCCGUGGUCAGGGCGAGGCAGGUAGCUUUCAUGUCCAAAGGAGGUCCAGUACGUUGUUUAAUAAGAUGAUCAGUAUUGAAGAAAAUGAUGAGGCGGAAGGAGAAUUUCAGAAUAGACUCUAUAUUUUACCAAAAGGAAGUUGCUUCCUGAUGACUGACUACAAACAUGUUCGUCAUCUCAUUCCUGAUAAUUCGAAUAAUGGUUACAACCUUAUAGUUAUUGACCCACCUUGGGAGAAUGGAUGUGUUCGUCAGAAAGAAGCGUAUCCUACACUUCCCAACAGAUAUUUGUUGUAUCUUCCAGUUCAAGAACUUGCUGAUCCAGCUGGAGCUCUUCUAGUUUUGUGGAUUACAAAUCGGGAGAAAUUGCGAAGAUUUGUUGAGGAUGAAUUGCUUCCAUCUUGGGGAGUUAAAGAUCCCACUGAGUUUUAUUGGCUGAAGGUGAAGUCGGAUGGUUCACUCAUUGGUGAUUUGGACUUGUUCCAUCACAGACCUUAUGAGUGUCUUCUUCUUGGCUACAUAAAUGUUAAUAGAGAAGCUGAACCAGGAUCAAAUUUUAAGUUUCUGCAAGCUAGCCAAGUAAUUAUGAGUGUCCCGGGUGCACACUCAAGGAAACCUCCCCUUCAGAAAAUACUUUCCAAAUUUAUUCCUUGUUCUAAACCUCCAAGGUGCAUCGAGCUUUUUGCAAGAGAGUUGGGUUCUGGAUGGACCUCUUGGGGAAACGAGCCACUUCAUUUCCAGGAUUCCAUGUACUUCACGGAGAAGUAAAAUGAUAGACAACAUCACGAUAUGUGCAGUUUGAAUCAAUUGUUGAAUCGAUGUAAUGCUUUGUUGUUAUGUCUCAUGUUUUUCCGUAAGUAGUUCCUUCUUCCCAUUCUCUUACAUUUUCUAGCAAUGCGCAUGCUUUCGUUUUACAAUAUUUUGUUUAGCUCCUAAGGUUAUUUGUUAAUGUAAGAAAAAGCCACACCAUAAGCCAAAAAAUGCCUCAUAUGGUUGUCCAUAUACAUCGUGGGAUUGUCCACAAGCAAAAAGCUUUAUAGGUUGCCCUUAAGCUAUGGGUAGUCCAUGAGCACUAAGAUAAUGCUAGUAUUAUCUAGUAUACAAAGAAAUAAAAGGAACUUCAAAAUUUUCAAUCACAAAGAUAUGAAUUGGUUUUCCUUACUAGUGGAUCCCAGCUCACGAUGGAUAAGUUUAGCUGCAUACGUUGUGGAGCACUUAGUUUAGUUGAUUUAUUGCCUAGAAGGUGUAUCACAUCUUAAAGAUGGUUUUUGCCAUAUACUACAUUGGUGAUUCCCUUAAUCUUUUAUCACUGAUUCCUUGUGGGUCUUCAGGUGCUGCAGAACAUCUCCAGCUGGAUUAGUGUAGUGCUAACUGGAGUUUGAACUGGCAUUCAGAAACGGCACAGGAGCAGCUGAUUGGUAGCAAAGUCCAAAGUUUGGGGAAAGGUGGUAGGUUCGGUUCAUCCUGUGCAUGUUUUGACCGAGAGAAGAUCCCAAUUACCAUUCCGUUGCCCGCAUAACUGUAGACUGCUUCUACUGGAGGAGUCAUAGCAAGAGUAGACCACUCUGAAUGAUGAUAGCUUCUCGUUGCAAACCGCAGUCCAGCUAAUUUCUGACGACUUGUUAUGUGAAACUAAACUCCGAUUCUGAUGUAAGUUGUUGAUCCUCUCGGAACAUGAUUAUUUCCUGGAACCUGUGGUGUAAGAUAUUUAUACCAAUGCUGUCCGUUGCGC